AUGGCAGCGGGAGCAGCGCUGGCCGGGGCAGUCGUGGCCGGAGGAGGGCAGGGUGCUGCAAGACGCGGCGGAAAUUCAGCCGCUGACACUCCUCUUGCUGAGGCUUUUCCAGCCGCGGUCUCGGCACGGCUGGAUUCGCUGGAGUCCUGGGCCUUCCAUGCGCUGCUGGUGCUGCCCUAUAUGUUUUACGUGGGCUUGUUCUUUGUCAACGUGCUGAUCCUGUACUAUGCCUUCCUGAUGGAGUACAUCGUUCUCAAUGUAGGCAUCGUCUUCCUGCCCGAGGAUAUGGACCAGGCUCUGGUGGAUCUGGGGGUGCUCUCCGACCCUGGCUCCGUGCUCUACGAGACGGACAGCGAGCUGGAUGUCUUUGACGGGUACUUGGAGUGA